AAAUAUUAUAACUAAAUAUCUAGUAUCAAGUUGAAGAAAAGAUUAUAUUGACAGUCCACUAGGCACUACGCACAUGUGGAUGUAGUCAACUUGUUGGUCAAUGAAUAUCAUGUUAAAAGCCUUCACACAGCUCCUACUCCUUGCAUACCUGCAUAGAACUACAAUCUUAGUGUUUGCUUGUGAUGAUGGCUCAACCUAGUGGUGCACCUGUAUUCCCUCCAUUUUCUGUCAUCAGUCCUCAGUUCGUUACACAGGAACCACUUGAAAUUAUAGUCGAUAGUUAUCCUGGUAGAAACCUUGUGAUAUCUAAUAUUAAUCAUAAAAUCAUGCUCAAAGUACAACCAUGCGACACAUUCACCCAUUAUCAGUCCGUGCUACUUGACGUUAACGACAAGCCCAUCGCGAUGCUCCAGAAGCAAUUAAGUAGUACGCAUAGCAGAUGGAAUGUAUUCAAGGGUGAAAGUAAAUCUGAUUCGGACAUGAUAUUUACCGCAAAAAACGAAAAUAUGAUCCAGCUUAAGACCAAUAUUAGCAUGAUGUUGGCAAACAAAAUGAGAAGCAACGAUGUUUGUGAUUUGAGGAUCAAAGGGAGCUGGUCGAAGGGAAACUUCACAAUUUAUAGGGGAAAUUCUUCAUCAGAAAUGGCACGGAUUCAUAAACCGCAAUCAAAGAAGAAGUACGAAGCAGCGGACAAGUUCACGGUCACAAUCCAACCUAACAUGGACUAUGCAUGUGUGGUUGCACUCCUUGCAAUUGUUGACGCUAAUGAACACCCUGAUGAUAAUACUGCCAUGUAUACGGCUGCUGCUAAAGGUUCGCUUAGUUCGGCUAGGAAUAUUGGUGAUUUUCUCCAGGUGUAGUUCCAUUUUCCAAAUAUAAGUUUAUGUAUUUGUCACUGUCAACUAUUUCGUUGUCCCAUAGUUAAAUAUUAAUGCUUUUCCAUAAAACAUUUGUAACCGUCACUUUGUUUUAGUUAUCACCUAAAUCUGCCGCCAUUUCCAUCUCA